CUCACAACAAUUGGCCUCACAACAAUUGGCCUCACAACGAUUGGCCACACAGCAAUUGGUCUCACAACAAUUGGCCUCGCAGCAAUUGGCCUCGCAGCAAUUGGCCUCACAACAAUUUGCCUCACAACAAUUUGCCUCGCAACAAUUGGCCUCACAGCAAUUGGCUUCACAGCAAUUAGCUUCACAACAAUUGGCUUCACAACAAUUGCAGCAACAACAACAACUACAACAAAUGCCACCUCAAGUAUUCCAACGAUUACCAACACAACAAUUACCACAGCAACAGCAACAAUUACUUCAACAGUCUCAACAACAGUUAAAUUUUAAUCCAACAUCAAGAUUGGUUGUAAUGACAAGAUGUUCAGUUUGUACAUUAAUAUGUUAUUCUAGCUCUGGGAUAUGUGAAUUAUGUCAAGCUCAACUAUCUUCACAAGGAUUUACUCCUUAUACAAAUGAUAAUAACAAUAAUUAUUAUGAUUAUAACGUUCAGGCUUCACGAAUUCAGGCACAAGCAGUUAAAGCAGUACAAGCUGCAAAAGCAACCCAACUUCAUGCCGCACAAAUUCAAGCAGCAAGAGCUGCACAAAGUCGGGCUGUUCAAAUUCGAGCAUUACAAAUGUUAAGAUCUCAACAAAUUCAAAGAGCUAGAGCACAACAAUUUCCAUCCCAAUUUCAAGCUCAAAUUCAAGCUCAAAUUCAAGCUGCAAAAAUGGCACAAGCUCAAGUAACACAAACACAACUUAAUCAAUCACAACCAAUAUAUAAUAAUAAUUAUGGUAUGCCACCUACAUCUUCAUCCGAUACAUCAUCUUCGGAUACUUCUGCUAAUGCAAUUAUUUCAACAAAUAAAUCAAAAUUAGCAAAAACUCAAUUAAAAGUUCUUCCUUUACAUGAUAAUGAAUUUAUUCAAAUACAAAGAUAUUUCCUUAAAGGAUUACCACAUGCUCGUAUACAUACUAUAAUUAAGUUACAAAUGCCUACUAAAUUAGUUGAAGCUCAUGAACAAUACAAAAAAACAUUAUUAAAUAAUCCUUCAUAUGGUUCUAAUAUGACGACAAAUAAUUUAAUAAGUAGUAUGAAAAGCAAUAACAAUUUGGAUAAACAUACAAAUACAAUGUUCCAUGGUACAAAAAUUAGUUGUAAUCCUCAACGAUUUAUUAAUGGGAAUAGUAAUUUUUGUUUAUUUAGUUGUGGUAUGUGUGGUAUAAUACAAAAUGGUAAUCAAGGAAAAUAUAGUAGAUUUAACGGAAGUAAGUACUGAUCUUUUUUAAAUAGAGAGAGUGGAAUUGAAAGUCUUUUUUAGAAAAAAAUUAAUUAUUAUUUAUUAUUUUUUAUUUUAGGAAUGUGGUUUGCUAAUAAUUCUGCCAUAUCAUUGGGUUAUUGUGGUUUAUCAACUUUUAGAACUAUGUUUAAUUGUACUCCUUUUUCUUCUAAAAAUUCUU